AUGACUCGAAAGAAACAGAACUCAGCCACGUCUUCUUCUCUCAGCCAACCACCAUGUGAGUUCAUAGCAAUACUGGAAUCCUUCGGGAUUAAAACUCGGGUUGAAUAUGAGUUUUUGAACUCGGAUCAUGUGGCGAAUUUUCAAAAUUUUGCCAUGCAAAGAACAUUGCCAUCCCGAGAGGAUUUUUUCUUGGCUGAACAUUGCAACCCUGAUCGAACACAACUUGCCAUUUGUUUCACUUGUGAAUCGAGUCAGUCAUGUUCGAUAUCAUCUGGAAAACGAUUGGAUACCAUCACGAUUCGUGUUCAAGCAUUUUACAAGGAUUUCAUCGAGGAUAUCAAACAAUUGCCCACCAGUCCUUAUGAAAUUCUCAAUUCUUUGGUUUCGAUUGUGGAUGUGGAUCAUGAUAGAAAACAUGUGUAUAUUCAAGUGAAAAGGAACAUGCCAGAAUCACUUAAAAGUUGUUUAAAGAGUCGUCACUUGUCAAAAAAAAGUAGCACGAAAACAACCAAUGAAACUGAAUACUGGGAAUUCGAGGAUGGAACACAACGACCUCAAAAUGCGUAUUACAUGAUGGGUAGAGUCGAUAACAAGAGUUGUUUCUUAAUGAAUUUGGACAAGUACUAUUAUCAUAAAUUCGAAGAUGAUGAACACUUCAAACAUUUCAAAUCCAUCAAUGACAUGUAUAGAGCGAGUACAUUGUACAACAAGUGUGACAAAAUGACAAAACAUGGCAAAAGAACUGGACAAGCGAAGGGAAGUAAUGUGAAACGAGUGUUUUUUUCUACCUAUUUUGUUUCUGGUGCUAAGGAUUCCUACAAUAAUUACAUCUUUAAACACACCAUUAUUAGGUCAUGGAGUAAUGACCCCAAUAAUGAAGCAAAUUUAGGAAAUGGAAUAAGCACGUCCCAACAUAUUUACCGACAUUAUAUGGGAAAGGUGGAUUUUGGAUUGUAUGAAAUGGAGUUGAAAAGUUGGAGUACGUUUAAAGCUCAUCGUUUAAUUCAUUGUUUGGAACCAGAGAUUAUACAUAUUGUGACUACUUUGUGA